AUGUCUAUUUCAACAGCUAAAGAAUUUUUUGACAAACAAGAAGUGGAAGAUUUGGUGAAGAAAAACGAUGCACGGUUGUCCUUCGCGAAACCUCCUUGUGGAAAAAGUUCAUAUUGGGACAAAUAUCAAGAAGUCUUGAUUAACAAUGUUCGUCAAAGAUACGCUAUUUGUAAUGACUGUCGUUCGAUUUUGACAUGGAUACCAUCGAAUGGCACCGGCGUUAUGAAAAAGCAUUCAGUUGGAUGUUCCAAAGCAAAAGAACUUCCACCAGAAACUCAACCACGGAUCACUUCAUCAUUUAAACAAGACUCUCAAGUGACACCUAAUCAACUUCGUUCUUUUAAAACCAAAAUUCUUCGUGGUGCUGCUGAAAUGUGUGUAUUAGAUUCACGACCAUUCAAUAUUUUUUAUGGUAAUGGCUUCGAAGAAUUUAUUAAACAAAUAUUCGAUGCUGGUAAAUAUUUUGGUAAGAUGAUUGACGUAAAACAACUAUUACCACACAGAACAACAAUUAGUCGGCAUGUCGAUAGGUUAUAUUCAUUAUAUCACCAACAAUUACGUGAUUUAUGUAAAACAAUAACAUCAUUCUCAACAACAAUCGAUUUUUGGACGGAAGAUUUUAGUGGCAUUAGCUUUGCUGGUGUUGCCUUACAUUUUUAUGAAGACAAUAAAGGUUUGGUUUCUUUGACUUUAUGCUGUAGAGCAUAUGAUCUAAUAGACGGUACUGCCUCGAAUGUUCGAUUAUUUGUUGAUCAAAUAUUAUCUGAAUUUAAUUUAAAACUAACAGAAAAUCAAUUCGUUGUCAGUGAUAAUGAACCGAAAAUGCGAUGUUCAUUCAAAGAAAACACAACAAGAGUUGGCUGUUCUUGUCACUAUUUGAAUAAAAUCUUGGAAAAGUCCUUUAUUCAUAUUGAUUCAAAUUGCAACGAGAUUCAUCAUUUAUUUAAUACAAUUCGACCAAUUGUUACACAUUUUACAAGAUCACACAAACAAGCAAAUUUAACUCGACGAUUACAACUUUACUGUAAAGUUCGUUGGCACAGUAUCUAUUCGAUGUUUUUCGCAUUCAAUGAAAAUUUUCCUGAUUUGCGUUCAUUAUUAGAUCAUAAUCAUCAGCAAUCAUUUGAUACAAUUGAUCAAGAUUUAUUACGUCAAUUAUUACCAUUUUUAAAACUUAUUGUUGAUAUAACCGAAAGAUUAAGUAAUGAACAGCAACCAAUAUUACAUUUAGUUAUUCCAUGUCGUCAAAAACUACUACAAGUAGCUAACAGUUCAUCAUCAAAUAAACAUUCAGGUCUAGUUGAACAUAAAAAUUAUUUCAUCGAACAUUUAGAAAACGAUUGGCCUAUCCAAGAUGAACAUUUUAUAGCAACAGUUUUACAUCCUCAAUUCAAACAAUUAGAUUUUUUUACUAAAAGAAUGCGACGACAUGCUCAUGAUUUAAUUAAAUCUAAACUUCGAAAUGAUUCGACAAUGUCUUCACCAUCAUCAACAAUCAUACCAUCCUCCAAAACAGAUUGUUCUAAUAAGAAUGGUUUACUAUCAUCAUUAUACGAUAAACCAAAAGAUGCAAAUAAAAGCAAAGGUGAAUUUGAAAUCUAUUUAGAUUCAGAUUUACGAUUAGAUGAAAAUGCUGAUCUAUUAAAAUUUUGGAUGCAACAACGUGAAAAUGUUCCGCAAUUAUUCCAAUUAGCAAAACAAAUUUUAAUUAUACCCGCAUCAAAAACUUGUGUCGAACUUUAUCUAAGAUCUCUUCAUGAAACAAAUGAAAAAGAAUUAUCAGAUGAUGCAUCUCAUCCAUUAUUUAAUUCAAAUAAACGUGUAUUAUCAUCUGAUUUAUCUUCAUCAUCUUUAGAAACAAAAAGAAGAAGAUUGUACACAGAUGAUGAAUCAUUGUCCAAUGAACAAUAUGAACAAAUACAUUCAGAUGAUGAUAAUGACAAUGACGAUGACGAUAUUUUUUGA